CUCUCCGUUUCAAAAUUUUGUGAAAUUUGAGUUUUCACUUUUAUUUUAAUUUGUAUUAAACCUGAAAAUUCAAAUUGGACAACAGUUUCUAGACGGAAAGAGUAUAUUACUCAAUGCACCUCAAAUCAGCGCGAAAAAUCCAGACAGAAUUUCUUUUGUAGGACUAGCAUUCCUACUUUCCAAGUCGGGGAAAUGAAAAACGUAUUUUUCUUUUUUUUUUUUUAAAAUAAUGCAUUAAGACCUUUGUUUAUAUUCUAGAGUAACGGCUAUGAUUCUGAAAUGUCCUUUAUACCCUUCAAUCCAUCCCAAAAAACCAGAAUAAAUUCUGCUGCCAUUUGGGCAAAUCUCACCGUCCUCACGUGUAACUCCCGGCAGCACUGCCAAUAUAAAGAGAAUACUGUUAUUUAAAUCCUCGUAACGGUGGGAUUUGGGCAACUUAAUCAGCGAAAUUCAGCUUAUCAAAAACUUCGCUGUUUUCCAAGUGUCCUCUUUUGUCCCUUCCUUACAAUCUUCCUCCGAUCCAACAAGAAAAAAAAAAGGCCUCAUCAUCAGCUUCUCCAGCUAUGGCGCCUCUUUUGCACACGUGGGCUUUGCUCUUAAUCGUUUUGUUCCACUUCAAUCACCUCUCAGAGUCUCAACCAUUCCUUGGAGUAAAUUAUGGGGAAGUGGCUGAUAAUCUGCCAUCGCCGGAUGCUACGGCAAAGCUAUUGCAAUCAACUUCUUUCGAAAAAGUUCGGCUUUACGGGACAGACCCGGCUAUAAUCAAAGCAUUAGCCAAUACAGGGAUCGGAAUCAUGGUCGGAGUUGCUAACGGAGACAUCCCGGCGAUGGCUACCGACCCGAAUUUCGCGAAGAACUGGGUGAGUUCCAACGUCCUCCCGUUCUAUCCGGCGAGCAAGAUCAUCCACAUCAACAUCGGGAACGAAGUCUUGCUCUCCGGCGACCAGAAUCUGAUGUCGAAGCUCUUGCCGGCGUUACAGAAUCUGCAAAACGCCUUAGACUCUGUUUCCUUAGGUGGGAAGAUUAAGGUUUCCACGGUUCAUUCCAUGGCGGUGUUGAGCCAAUCCGAUCCUCCUUCAUCGGGUCUUUUUAAUCCCGGCUUCGGUGACCUGAUGAAAGGCUUGUUGGAGUUCAAUAACGCGACUGGAUCCCCUUUUGUGAUCAACCCUUAUCCUUUCUUUGCUUAUCAGAGUGAUCCAAGGCCCGAGACCCUGGCUUUCUGCCUGUUUCAGCCUAAUGCAGGACGAGUCGAUUCGGGUACUAAAAUUAAGUACACCAACAUGUUUGAUGCUCAGGUGGAUGCUGUUAGAGCUGCUUUAAAUGCUGCCGGUUUCAAAGGAGUUGAGAUUUUGGUUGCUGAAACAGGUUGGCCAUACAAGGGAGACAGCAAUGAAGUUGGUCCAAGUUUAGAGAAUGCCAAGGCUUAUACUACAAACUUGAUUUCUCACCUUAGAUCAAUGGUUGGAACUCCGAUGAUGCCAGGAAAAUCAGUUGACACCUAUCUUUUUGCUUUGUAUGAUGAAGAUUUGAAGCCUGGACCAGGUUCAGAGAGAUCAUUUGGCCUUUUCAAGCUGGAUAUGACCAUGACUUAUGAUGCUGGUCUUUCCAAAACUAGCCAGACAACUCCUUCAACUCCAAAGACUCCAGUGACUCCAGCAAAUCCGGCAAAUCCUGCGCCUAAGGAGAAUAAGCCUACAUUUUGCGUGCCAAAGCAAGGGGUAACAGAACCCGAGUUGCAAGCAAAUUUGGACUAUGCUUGUGGGCAAGGAAUAGAUUGUGGUCCAAUUCAACCUGGUGGAGAGUGUUUUGAACCGAACACUUUAGCCUCACAUGCUACCUAUGCCAUGAAUCUCCUAUACCAAAAAUCAGGAAAGGAUCCGCAGGCCUGUGAUUUUUCGCAGACCGCCACCUUCUCAUCUGCCAAUCCUAGUAAGUUACCGAACCAAAUGAAGUUUCAGAUACUUCUAUUCGUGCUUGAGCUUAGCAUUAGUCAUGUUUGGAUGCGUUUCGCAGGCUACAAUGGAUGCCAGUACCCUGCCUGAGGAGAGUCAAAGGAAGAGAAGAUUCCAAUCCCAGUUGUUGGAAUAACUUUUUAAAGCAAUAUUGGUGGAAGUGCUUGUGGUUUAUUCUGAUUCCUUAAGCUCGUGUGUAGUUGCUUUGGGUACAGUAAAGUACUUUAUGUAAGUGGGAAGGAGGAGGAAAAAGUAAUGUAAAGGCAGAAAUGUCCAUUCUGCUGCUGUUUUGCUUUUUUAUGUCCUGUGCCUGUGGUGUGUAAUGUAGUAGAAAUUUUUAAAAUCUGCUGCGUAUACAUACAUAGAUCAAGCAGAGGUUGUUCAACAAUGUCUUUGGGGUUCAGAUUUGUGUUAUCCCAAGGAAUUGUUGUACUGUGUAUUUGGCGUCCCAUUUUAUAGUUCCUAGUUUUAUGUUCUGCCUUUAUUUGCUUUGGUUUCGACUUUUGACCAAUUUACUGAAGAUAGUAUUAGUCUUUAGAUUUUUGGAAUUCCCGGAAAAUUCCAGUAUUUUCACAAUUCUAAUUGGUCGCCGGCCAACCAAAUCAUGAGAACUGGGACUCACCAGAAGAAAAUUCGACAUGAUAAAGAAUUUCCCG